AUGACAAUAGUGAAGCUCGUCAUCAUUUAUUUAUUCUCUCUCUCUCUCUCUCUUACUCUCUCUCUCUCUAUCUCUCUUACCUUCAGUAUCAUGAUAUUUCUGUCUCGAUUUUUCUUUCCUUCUUUUUUAUUAUCUCAUUUUUUUCUCUUCCUAUCAUUUCCUCCAUCUUCGCACCAUCUAUUUCCCUCUCGCUAUAUAUUUCUUCCUCUCAACCUCUCUCUCGCUCUCUCAAUAUCUCUUUCUCUCUCUCUCUCUCUCUCUCUCUCUCUCUCUCUCUCUCAAUAUCUCUUUCUCAAAAUCUCUUUGAGUUUCAUUAUCACUAUCUUUAUCUUUCUCAGAAACGUUUUCUCUCUCUUUGCCACUGUUUAUUUCUCUCUCUAUCUCCCACUCUCAUUAUCUUUUUUCACUUAUCUUCUUUCUCUUACUAUCUAUUCUUCUAUCGUUCGCUCUUUUCUUUCUCACUUUCUUGAUAUCUCUAGCUUUCUUUCUUUCUCCAUAUAUCUUUCUCUUCUUUUCUUGUUGCCUUUAUCUUCCGCUCUUUCACUUUCACUUCCCCUUCUUUCUCUCUCACUAUAUCUGACACUUUUCUAA